AAAGCUAACAAUGAUGUGCAAUGAAUAGAGAAGGAUUUAAAUAGUUUUUUUGCCUGGAAUCGGGAAGGAUACUCGAUUCAAUCUGGCAACCUUGGUUUUUCGGACCCCUGUAGAGUUAAGUAACUUUUUUCACUCAAACUUGUGGAGUCACUCGGACCCUCCUUUCCUCCUUCUAGAGAGUUUGGAAAGUGUGAAUUAAGUGUGAAUUCAGACAGACUCUACUCAUUCUUGGGUUAUUUGUUGUUUUCUUUCUUUCUUUUUUUUGAUUGUCAGGAUUUACCAUGAGUGUUAAAGUUCAUUUGAAUAGUCUGGGUUUCGCUUUGCUGUUUUUGGGAAGUGUGUCUCUGAGUAUCCAGUACAACCCGCACAGAUUAAGGAACAAAAACUGGUGCGCGUUUAUCGUGCAGAAGAACGUGAGCUGCGCAGUGCGCGCGGACAUUCCCACGAUGGUGGAAGCUGAAGCUGCUCCCUGCCCUGCGCACCAGCCGGACUGCGAACCAUCAAUGAUAUUUCAGACCCAUUUUCAACCCAGUUACAGGAUUUCAUAUAAGACUGUUACCGAACUGGAAUGGAGGUGCUGUCCAGGGUAUCAAGGUCCAGACUGCAGAGAACUAAAAGGCUCCCCGAAUCGACAGAUGUUACUUAAACCUCAACCAAAGCCAUAUCCUCUGUCCAAUACUGGAUACAUGCGAAACUCACAAAGACCAUCGAUACCGGAGACAGAGAGGUACGACUCCCAUCAUGAGGUUGAGAAAACUCGUCAACUGGAAGAAGAAGUGCAGCGCUUAUCUCAGACAGUGUUGGAUCUCCAGGCAGCCAUGACUAGCAUGACUGCGAACCUACGUACAGAUUUACAGGAGGACACCAGCAAAAUGCUCAUCACUCUUCUCGGCAACAUGCAUGUGCAAGAUAGUGCCAAAACAGGAAGCCUGGAGGAAAGCUUGGUGCAUCUGGAUGGACAUCAGGCCACAAGGGGCCUUGAUGACAAAGGCAUGGAAGAAGUAAUGGCAAGGCUUAAUGAAGUGACGGAUGCUCUGAAAAGCAAGGACGAGGCAAUUGAGGAGCUGCGGGAAGCUGUGACUGGACACAGUGGCCAGAUCCGAAUGCUAAUGGAUGCUUCUCAGGGACUGACAGUUACUGCUGGUGCCUCCUCAGACAUUGAUAUCCUUCAGUCCUACAUUGAUACUAAGUUCGAUAAAUUAAAGAAGGAGCUGUUGGUGGAAAUGAAGGACGAGAUAGCAAACCUGAAGAGUGCAUGUAAUGACAGCAUAUUGUCUGUUCAAAAGACCUGUAAAGAAGGAUGGAAGGAAAGUAACGACAACCUGUCAAAACAACUACGCAGCCAGAAGGAUGAGCUGAGGAAGGAGAUAAGCGAGGUACGUAUGGAUAUGGUUAUGUCUGAUGGGCUGGUGCGCACACACAGGCAAACAGCUCCGUUUAAAGGGCAUGACGGCGAUCUUCAAAAUAUGCUUCAGCGCCUGGUCGAUGCUCAACAAAUCUUAAACGCCCGUGUGGACAACGAACUGGUACAUCUGUCUAUGCUACAGUUGGAAGAUUUAUUUGGUCCUCGCAUCGAUGAGCUCGAAGCCAGGAUGAAUGUGACGGAAAGGAACGCGGAAACCUAUUGCUUCUACGUGGAUGAGAAGUUAACGACGGCUCUUGCUGAAGAGACGGCAAAGAUCCGCGCACUCUUGGACAAGAGAUUGAAUUAUGUGGAGGACCAGUUUACAGCCAUGCUGAUCGUAAUGACUAACACCUCCUUCCCAGAUAUGCUUAAUGAGUCUGCUAAUGCUCUGCAAACUCAGGUCAAUGCAAACAAGUAUGCGAUUCAGGGGCUGGAGGACAAAUUGAAUACAGUUGAGCACAUUUGCUCCACUAAAUGCAACUCAAGCCCUCAACGCCUAGGCAGUCUGGAGACAAUCGUGGAGGACGUGAGGCACUGUAGAAAUCAACUGGCUGUCCUGAGCACCAAUGUUGAGAACAGUGAAGCGAAGCUUGUGAAAUUAGGGACUGAAGUUGGUCAGUUAAAGCUUGAAAACCAACAGAACAGUCAUAGGGUACAGAAUGCACAAAAUCAGCUGGCACCUCUAAUAGAUAAUAUGAGUGGUCUGACUGAUACUGUGACGGGAUUAGGAGAUGCCGUGAGCCGAUUUAAUCAAGAUCUUCAGACCCUGAACUCUAGUUGUUGCCUAGACGCCCAGGUCAAACAGAUUCAGACACCAUUAGUGGGCCCAUCUCUGUCCCAUGAGGCAAGCAAACCAAGCCUAAGUCAGACGAAGGAGCUCAGCAACAGACUAGACAGGCUAAGAUCCCAGGUGACUGCAGAGUUCACCCUUUGUAAGGAGAAGGCAGCUGAGGACAUCUCUGCAAUAAGCAGCAGGGUUGCUACACUGGAAGAAUCAUGCGCAAGGGUAAAUGAUGAGAGAAAUCAAGUUCAGGCUACGAAUGAGAAUCUGGAGAAAAACUUGGCUCAAAUAAACUCCACACUGCAGACACAUGCCAGGGGGAUCAGCAACCUCCAGAUCACCCUGCACAAUGUUCACACUCAGCUUGCGAGCAUUAAGAACCAAACAACAAAACAGCAAGUGCCACUGAAACCAGAGAAACCCAAUACUUUCCAUGAUUCUCGGAAUUCAUACCCACUGAGGAGGACAUAUAUUCCGGAGAUCCACAUUCCUGUGUGGAUACCCCAAAGGGAGGUGCCUGUUACUUCCCGUCCAUUUGUACGCCAGCCACAUGCCAAACCCUCAACCCCACGCCAACCUUACGCCCCCCUGCAGCCUUCAAUCCCACACCAACAGCCUAAUCAACCGGUCGUGUUGACCGGAGUGGCCGGACCUCCCGGGUAUGCGCAAAGAGCCUCCUCUCGACGAGAGCGUGGAUCCCAUCACUCAGGCAAACCCAUUAUUGGAUACGCAGGUGUGCCAGCAGGCAAUCCUCAUGUAAACCCAGUAGCAUAUAAACCCCAUCCAGUGCCAGUUUACCAAACAUUAUGGAAUCCUGCACAGAGGCUCGUUGCAAAACCAGCGUUGUCCGAGAGAAACAUGGCUGUGGAGCCUUUCUCCUUUUCAGCUGGUCUCACACAGCAGGCGUUUAUGGGAGACUUCGGCAUCAUUCAUUUCAACAAAGUUCUUGUUAAUGAUGGAGGGCACUACAAUCCCCAAACUGGAAUCUUCACAGUACCCGUGAACGGUCGUUAUCUGGUUUCGGCUGUGCUCACAGCUCCUCGGCACGAGCGGAUCGAGGCUGUACUUUCCGUGUCUGAGCGCAGCGUGCAGAAGCUAGAUUCGGCAGGUUACGGAGGACACAAUGGGCAGCACACAUCAAGGCCUUGCCAGUGUGGUAGCUCGGUCUCAUUCAGCCUCGUCCUCUCGCUGCGUGCAGGAGAUCGAGUCGCACUGGUGCGCACAGCCGGCACACUCGCCCUCUCCGAGGCCAAAGAGAUCCUCUCCACGUUCAGCUGCGUCUUCCUCUACUCGACCCAGGUUCACAGAUAACAUCCAACGUAAAUAAAUAAAAAGAAAAGAAACGCACACACUGCUGAAGACUGCCGGGCUGUGCAGCUCUCCACAUUUACAUGGCAGCCUGUGGCGAGCCAGACGACACUGCAAGGGAAAUCACAGCUUGGCUUUGGCUUGAAUUGAGAAACUAGAAAAAUUACACGUGGUUGUACCAUGGAAAGCAGUGCACUGAGAUAUUUAGUCGUACUCCAUAUAUUUUCAUUGUAUUAAUGUAUUUACUUCGACUGCACCUUUUGAUAUAAAAAAGAAAAUGGCUUUUCGUGAGCAUCUUUACUCAACAGACCAAAUUGUAUGGAAUCGUUUUUAGUCCAAAUUAGUAAGAAGUAUUAUAAAUGUCUUUAUUUUGCUAUGUGUGGGGAAUAAAACAGGGCAGAGUUACAGAGUAAUAAUAGAUGAAAACCACAAAUCCCACAUUGUGUUAUUCUUUUAUAAUACAGAGUCUAAUCAAAGACCAUGAUUUUUAUUUAUUAUUGAACACAUUGUGCAUUCAAUCAGUGUCAAACUGUUAUCACAAUAUGAUUAUCACUUUGCUUCCCAAACCCCAACAUUUUUCUUUAUUUCUUGAAGACAAUGAUGCAAUUUUUUUGAGAAACCAUAAACAUGUUCCCAUUUCAAAACAGAAAGUAACGGAUUUACCUCUAGAGUCUGGAGACGCCUUUUUAUAAAUGUUAAAUAAACAUCUCCUCACUAGAUCAACAA